AUUUCUAGGCUAGGCUGGUAAAUAGUAAAAAAUUGUGCCUACGUUCCAGCAACAAAAUCCAAAAUGAGAGCUUGCAACAUUUUAUUGAAAAAUAACGUAGGUUUUUCGAAUUCAAAGCGCUAUCUCUGCACGGCAGCCAAAUGUAAGCUCGAAGUCGCUUUGGUUGACUCGACAAAUGAAGCUCUUGAAUCUGGCCGAUAUAAACAUCGCUAUCACGAGGGUCGAGUUACAAGCGGAUGUAUCAGUGUACCGAACUCGAUAGCAUCUGCCAUAGUAAAAAGUUGUAAGGACCAUCCGCUAAAGGCUCUGAUAACUGAGGGAGCUAAAUUGGACAAUUUUGUGCGUUCCCGAAAGGCUCCGCUGGAGAGAGACGAGCUGCGGAAGAAAAUAAGCAAGUUGAAGCAAGAUGUGGGACAAGAGAUCUGCAACAAAAGAGAUACAGAAGCAAUGACGGAGGAGCAAACUACCUAUUUAAACAAGGUAAUCGACGCCCAGUCAAUGAAACGUGCCAAACAAACGAUUUACGCCUGGAAACCAAUUGGCUACGAUGAGUUCAAAGGCCUUCAGUAUUUGCUGGGACGAUCCGCAACGGAAUAUGCAGUGUUAACUCAAAUUUUCGAAGAAAUUAGAAAGCGAAAUCCGGAAUUCAAGCCACGUAGUUUUCUAGAUUUCGGAUCCGGAGUUGGAACUGGAACGUGGGCAGCAGCCAACCUAUGGAAGGAAAAUAUUUUCGAGUACGUCUCUAUUGACGCGUCCGCCGAAAUGAACGAUCUUGCCGAGUUGAUCCUUCGAGGCGGCGACAGUAAUAAAACCAUGAGUUUGCGCAAUGUUUUCUAUCGACAAUUUUUACCGGCAUCGCACAACAGCAAGUAUGAUAUUGUUUUAAGUGCUUUCUCCCUAUUUGAAUUGCCGACAAAGCAAACUCGACUGGAUGUUGUUGAAAAUCUGUGGAACAAAUGCGAUGAAUUUCUAGUGUUGGUCGAACAUGGCUCUUUGGCAGGAUUCUCGUUAAUUGACGAAGCAAGACAGUUUUUGAUUGACAAAAAUAGUGCUGAUGGCUGCGAGUAUCAUAUAUUUGCACCUUGUCCACAUAGUCAGCCGUGUCCACGUGUAAGUUUGGCAGAUGGAACGCCGUGUAAUUUUGAAGUAACGUACAAUCAGUUACCGAUUUUGAACCCAGCGGCAGCGAGCAAAUAUCCUUAUUCAUAUGUCGUAUUUCGGAAAGGAAUUUCAACCGCACAGCAAGACAAAUACCCGCGUCUAGUGAGGUCCACGCUCGUUCGAGCGAGGCAUUCCAUCUGUCGAAUGUGUACGGAUCAGGGCGAGCUGCGUGAGGUUAUUUUUUCGGCUUCCAAGCACGGAAAAAAUCUUUACAGAUGCGCUAGAUCGAGCGAAUGGGGUGAUCAAUUGCCAAUAAUUGUUGGGAAGGAAAGUUGACUUAAAACAAUAUUUCAGUUAACUAUUCUAUAGCUUUAUUAGAAUAAAAAGUCUGUAAGAAAUGGAUAAUA